CUCAUUUCCCUCCUGCGACCCCUACUCCUUGUUGCUCCCCUCCUUCUCGCCCUUCCCCCUUGCCACUUCCCUUUCUUCGCGCGUUCUUUGGAAAUGGCUGACAAGGAGUCGCCGACCCUGGUCAGCGGCGCUGCGGCCACUGACGGGCCAUCCCCUGCGGACGACCUCAAGCCUGCCCCGCAGCCGGGCAAGAGCAAGGCAUUCUUCCCCAACAUGCGAGAGACCCUUGCUCAGGGCUUGAACUUGCUGUAUGUCGUGGCCGCUGCGCUCACCCUCUGGAAGGGGCUGUCCUUGCUCUGUAGCACGGAUAGUCCGAUUGUCGUCGUGCUCAGUGGCUCCAUGGAGCCGGCUUUCGCCCGUGGGGACCUUCUCUUCCUGUCGUCUCCUUCUCAGAAAAACCCCCUGCGCGUGGGUGAUGUUGUGGUCUUCUCCGAAAAGUCCUACCCCGGCGGACCACCGGUUAGCAACAUCCCGAUCGUCCAUCGUGUCCUGCGCGUGCAUGUCGACCGCGAUACCGGUCGGACCAAGGUCCUUACCAAGGGCGACAACAAUCGCGUGGACGACCGCGCCCUCUAUGGCAAGGGGGUCGAGUGGAUUGACGCGUCGACCUUUGCCGCGCCGCUGCUCAAGGCCCACUGGGCGCCCAGCAAGGCACCCGCCUCAUCGCCGCCGGGAGUGGCCCCGCCCAGUCGCCUGGACGUGGUUUUGAACAUGGGUGCUUCGGAGCGCGAUGCCGGCGACAUUGUCGGCGUGGUUCGUGGGUGCGAUUUUGGUUGCCUUUCGCCAUCCUGCCCAUCGGCGCUUCUUGCAAGGGGGCUCACUGACUUACCAUGGUGCUCUACUCGCCGCCCAGGCAACUACCCAAGGCUGGGCUCUUGACGCUGGCCCUGCACGAUUACCCCUACUUGAAGAUUGUUCUGGUGGGGGUGCUUGGUGUGCUUUCCCUCUUCUCCAAGGACCAAUGAGAUCCACAAUCACCAACAGAGGGGGACUUCUCCCUCCUCUUGUUGGUGAAUUCCGGAAUAAAUCAACCUGCCAAGGAAAAGCAUGCACUUUGGGCAAUGGCAA